UCUAUAAUUUCCGUCAUUGUGCACAUGAAUCAGUAUGCUGUAGCUUAUGCACACGAUUGCGAUAGAUCAAUAUGUAUUGAGAUAUAUCUUCAAUAGAGACGUGUAACAUCAGUUGGGAGCGACUUUGUGAAUAGGACACAACUCUCUCUCUGUCCAGCGUGUCCACUUCAAACUUCAGACUACGUAAGGACUCGUACAUCCGCUGUGAUGUCGUUGAUGUCUACACAGCACAAUGUGCUGCUGACGGUGGCAAUAAUCGUCACUCUGUCUGCUAUAGCCACUGCAUCCUUUGACUGCCGUCGGAAAGGACAAGAGUGUUUCAACAGCGGCACCUGCCAGCCCAACGGAACCUGCAGCUGCACGGCUGACUACGAUGGCUACAACUGCCGUAUUCAGAAUAGUGGUCGCGCAGCCAACAGCUGCAAACCCGCAUGUCUCAACUCCGGUGUUUGUGCCAACAACACCUGUUUCUGUAUGGAGAAUUACUAUGGAGCUAAUUGCAACAACAAGAGAGAGGAAAUACUAUGUUUCGGAGACAGAAAGGCUAUCCAUAUCAACCCUGAAGGGUUUCAAGGCACGAUAUACAUCGUUGGAAAACGUGGCAUGGCAAACUGCACCUUCAAGAAUGUUACUGAUGUCAUCUCAUCUAUUCCGCAAAAUGUUACUUGGAGUGAAGGUUUGGCGAUUGUGAUCCCUGACAAUAGUACGGAGUGUGGAAAUAUCGCGGAAAGAACGGAAGGCACAACUUUGAUUGAAGAGCGUUUUGCCAGCAUCGAGUAUGAACCACUAAUUGUAACCACCCUUGAUGAAAGACUUGCCGCAAUGUGUAAAUUCGACAACAGCACGAACCGCACACUUUACGGGGAUGUGGUGAGCUCCAGUGUGACCAAUGCUCAAUACACCAACACGUCAAUCACCAACAUCUAUGAGCCGGUGGUGUUCAAGGUUAUGUCCAAUAAUCAACCGCUCAGUAACAAACCCAUGCUGAUUGGACAGGAACUGACCUUCUCAUUCAACAUUCCAGUGGAAACAGGCUAUGUUGCGGUAGCUGUGGAGACUCUCACAGCGAAUGACACCAAAGCAGGCGGUAGCACGUUCGUUAUCAUAACCUCCAAGUGCCCUGCCACCGAUGCUGAUUCCGUGUUGUCGACCUUCGAGAGAUCAUCUGACAACAGAAUAGUCACAGUGAUAGUCAAAGUGUUUAAAUUUGUCGACUCAGACAGUGUGGGGUUCACAUGCAAUGCCAGGAUAUGCAAGGCCGGUGACCCAGCGUGUGAUUUGCCUACGUGUAACGGACAAGCUUCGCCAUCAACCACCGGGCGCCGGAAGAGGGACGUUGGAAACCAGAAGACCAUCCAGACGGUUGUCAAGGUUACUGAGGACCCUCAAGCGGCCGCCGCAGCCGGACAAUCUCCCACAGAUAAGACGCCAGAUGAGUGCAAGAACGACUCCUCCAAACAGGCAGGCGAGAACGAAUGUCUGAUGAAGAAGGAGAUCAUCGUUGUCCUGGCGAUAAUGGCGGCAACUGUCAUCAUCCUCAUGAUCGCUUGUAUGGUGAUGACGUGCAAGCUGCUGAAGGCUGGCACCAAGGUCGUCGACGUCCCCCAAUCGGAAUACCAGCCCUCGAUGUCCCUUCCUCGGCUCUCUCCAGCCAACUUUUAACUCUGAUUAGCUAACGAGUCUCACCAGCUGGUACUGGUUUGUUGGCUGACAGACAGAAAAAGUUAAAAUAAACAGACUAAUCUAUGA